GAAAGUACAUAGUAUUGUUGAAUUUUCUACGGGAGAGAAGGAAAAACUAUCUAUUCUUAGAAAAGGAAAGAGGGUGCACGGGAAAUUGUUCAAAGAUAUCAAAAAGACAUCUAAACAUAAUGCCAGCGGAGAUUCCUUUAAAAGUCCGCUAACUCUUUUGUCUCUGUAUUCCGCAUCUCUCUGAGUCUGAAGAAGAGUCUCCAAGCGAUUCCAUUGGAUAUCUCCCAAAACUCGUUUGCAUUGUCUCAAAAAUCUCUCAAAGGCGUUGUGUUUUUCUCUUCUGUAUUUGGUGUGCUAUUUGGUUUAUUUGGGAAUAAAAAAGAAAAAGAAGGUUGGUUGCUCAGUUGUCUGAUAAAAAUGGUGGAGGAGAAGCCUGUGAUUGCAAAAGAUGUUACUGAACUAAUUGGAAAAACACCAUUGGUGUAUCUCAACCAUGUUGUAGAUGGUUGUGCAGCCAAAAUUGCGGCGAAGUUAGAGAUGAUGGAACCCUGCUCUAGUGUCAAGGACAGGAUUGGAUAUAGUAUGAUUGAAGAUGCAGAGAAGAAAGGUCUUAUUACCCCGGGUGAGAGUAUCCUUAUUGAGCCUACAAGUGGUAAUACUGGCAUUGGGUUGGCAUUCAUGGCAGCUGCUAAGGGUUACAAACUAAUCAUCACUAUGCCUUCUUCUAUGAGUCUUGAAAGGAGAACUAUUCUUCGUGCUUUUGGAGCUGAGCUAGUUCUCACAGAUCCAGCUAGGGGCAUGAAAGGGGCUGUUCAAAAGGCAGAAGAGAUCCGGGACAAGACACCCAAUUCUUAUAUGCUUCAACAAUUUGAAAAUCCUGCAAAUCCAAAGAUCCAUUAUGAGACUACUGGACCAGAGAUUUGGAAAAGCUCUGCGGGGAAAGUUGAUGCCCUUGUUUCUGGGAUAGGGACUGGGGGUACAGUAACAGGUGCAGGGAAGUAUCUCAAAGAACAAAACCCUGACAUUAAGCUCUAUGGUGUAGAACCUGUUGAAAGUGCCAUAUUGUCUGGUGGAAAGCCUGGUCCACAUAAGAUUCAAGGAAUUGGUGCUGGCUUCAUCCCUGGAGUUUUGGAUGUCAAUUUACUUGAUGAAGUUGUUCAAAUAUCAAGUGAGGAAGCUAUUGAAACUGCCAAGACUCUUGCCUUAAAGGAGGGUUUGCUGGUUGGUAUAUCAUCUGGUGCUGCUGCUGCAGCUGCAAUCAAGAUAGCACAUAGACCAGAAAACGCUGGAAAACUCAUUGUUGUUGUCUUCCCCAGCUUUGGAGAGCGUUAUCUCUCGUCUGUGCUUUUUGAGUCUGUAAAGAAGGAGGCAGAAAGUUUGGUUUUUGAGCCCUGAAAUGUUCCCUUCCUGUAAAAGGAGCCGUUAAAAUUUCAAGCCUACAAGUAGGGAGGUGUAGUCGGCAAGUUGCAAUUUGGUUUUAGUUUGGAAGUUUUUACUUGUCCAAGUCAGUCUGAAUAAAAGCAGUGAAUGAUAUGGUGGGUGGCUUUUUUCUGUUUACACAUGAAUGUAUUGAAGUUUGUAUGAACUGAUUGAGAACUCUUAAAUUGCAAGACUUGGUGAUCAA